GUGUCACCCGCUGUCCCCACCGUCACCCCGCUGUCACUGUGCCGCCCCAUCCCCGUUGUCACCCUGCUGUCACCCCUCCGUCACCCCAUCCCCGCCGUCACCCUGUCUCCACUGUCACCCUGCUGUCACCCCUCUGCCACCCCGUCCCCACUGUCACCCCUCUGUCACCCCAUCCCUGCUGUCACCCUGCUGUCACCCCUUUGUCACUCUGCUUCUGCCCCAUCCUCGUUGUCACCCUGCUGUUACCCCUCUGCCACCCCAUCCCUGCCAUCACCCCAUCCUUGCUGUCACCCCUCCGUCCCCCCGUUCCCACUGUCACCCCUCUGCCACCCCAUCCCUGCUGCCGCCCCAUCCCUGCCAUCACCCCAUCCCCCCUGUCACUCUGCUGUCUCCCCUCUGCCACCCCGUCCCCACUGUCACCCCACUGUCACCCCUCCGUCACCCCAUCCCUGCUGUCACCCCAUCCCUGCCACCACCCCAUCCCCACUAUCACCCUGCUGUCGCCUCUCUGUCACUCUGCUGCUGGCCCAUCCUCGUUGUCACCCUGCUGUCACCCCUCUGCUGCCCCAUCCCUGCCAUCACCCCAUCCUUGUUGUCACCCUUCUGUCACUCUGCUGUCACCCCAUCCCACCGUCACCCCGUCCCCACUGUCACCCCUCUGCCACCCCAUCCCUGCCAUCACCCCAUCCCCGCUGUCCCCCCCGCUCCCCCGGCAGGUGGACAACUCCUCUCUGACGGGGGAGUCAGAGCCGCAGACCCGCUCCCCGGAGUUCACCCACGAGAACCCGCUGGAGACGCGCAACAUCUGCUUCUUCUCCACCAACUGCGUGGAAGGCACGGCCCGGGGCAUCGUCAUCUCCACGGGGGACCGCACGGUGAUGGGCCGCAUCGCCUCGCUGGCCUCGGGGCUGGAGGUGGGACGGACGCCCAUCGCCAUGGAGAUCGAGCACUUCAUCCGCCUCAUCACCGGCGUCGCCGUCUUCCUCGGCCUCUCCUUCUUCAUCCUCUCCCUCAUCCUGGGCUACACGUGGCUGGAGGCCGUCAUCUUCCUCAUCGGCAUCAUCGUGGCCAAUGUCCCCGAGGGGCUGCUGGCCACCGUCACCGUGUGCCUGACGCUGACGGCCAAGCGCAUGGCGAGGAAGAACUGCCUGGUGAAGAACCUGGAGGCGGUGGAGACGCUGGGCUCCACGUCCACCAUCUGCUCCGACAAAACCGGGACCCUCACCCAGAACCGCAUGACGGUGGCCCACAUGUGGUUCGACAACCAGAUCCACGAGGCCGACACCACCGAGGAUCAGUCGGGUGCCACCUUCGAUAAGCGUUCGCCCACCUGGGCAGCGCUGGCUCGCAUUGCUGGGCUCUGCAACCGCGCCGUCUUCAAACCGGGACAGGAGAACAUCUCCAUUUCUAAGCGCGACACCGCAGGCGAUGCGUCCGAGUCGGCGCUGCUGAAGUGCAUCCAGCUCUCGUGUGGCUCCGUCAAGAAGAUGAGGGACAAGAACCCCAAAGUCACCGAAAUCCCCUUUAACUCCACCAACAAAUAUCAGCUCUCCAUCCACGAGCGGGAGGACGACCCCCAGGGACACAUCCUGGUGAUGAAAGGGGCCCCCGAACGCAUCCUGGAGCGCUGCUCCCGAAUCCUGCUGCAGGGCCAGGAGGUGCCCCUGGACGAGGAGAUGAAGGAGGCCUUCCAGAACGCCUACCUGGAGCUGGGGGGGCUGGGGGAGCGCGUGCUGGGGUUCUGCCACCUCUACCUCCCCCCCGACCAAUUCCCGCGGGGUUUCCGCUUCGACGCCGACGACGUGAACUUCCCCACCAGCGACCUCUGCUUCGUGGGGCUCAUGUCCAUGAUCGACCCCCCCCGCGCCGCCGUCCCCGAUGCCGUCGGCAAAUGCCGCAGCGCUGGGAUCAAGGUGAUCAUGGUGACGGGGGAUCACCCCAUUACAGCCAAAGCCAUCGCCAAAGGGGUCGGGAUCAUCUCGGAGGGCAACGAGACGGUGGAGGACAUCGCGGCGCGGCUCAACAUCCCCGUCAGCCAGGUGAACCCCCGGGAGGCCAAGGUCGGCUCUUUCACCAUCUUUGAGAUUUACCGAGUCCUAGCAAUUCAGGUUGCAAUGCAGACUUCCUGGAGCUUAGGAAACCCCCCGACGUGA